AUGUCUUCCCCCAGACUCAUUCCCCUGUGGAAGGAUUUUAAAUACCUCAUAAGUGACAUACCUAAAAGCCAGCAAAAUUUAGAUGAUUCAAAGAAUGACGUAGUUGUGCUGAGUGACCGGUCUGAGAUACUAUUCAAAGAGUCUCGUCAUCCUCAGAAUAUGCCAUUUAUAUGCUAUUACUUCAGUGAUGCCGACUUCUUUGCCUCCCUCUCGUGGGUGACAAGCACAAAAGAAAUACAGGCUGUAGUAUGGAUGAAGAGCAAAACUGAGGACAUGGUCGAGAAGAGAACAUUCUCCAUGACUGAACGAUUGCCGCCCAUCCAGUGUAUGGUACACACAGGUUCCUUUCAUAUCCUUGUGGCCUACUGUGGUGACUUGCUUCUGCGGCUCUUUGGGGACCACUUUCGGUCAUUCAAACCCCUGGGUAUAGUGCCUUGCCGCUUUAACAUCAACUGCCUCUGCUAUGACCCAGAAAUGAAGAUGCUUCUGUCAGGUAUCCUGGGGGCAGUGGUCACCUGGACCAUUGAGCAAAGUGGCAGGGGCCUCCAAAUCGCCCACAUGGUUUCCAUGCCUGGUGAUGAACUUGUCCAGGACAUCAUAUUGAAUGGCCCCAGUGGCUCCCUCCUAGCCCUGUGUGAGACUGUGGUGAGGGUCCUUGAGCGCCAGGGCCCGAGCCAGCUAGGAGAAGUGAAAAGGUUCACUUCUACCACUAGUGGCUCAUCUAUCACCUGCUGCUUCACCUGUUUUGAUCAGGGCUUUCUCUAUGCUGGAAAUAGGACUGGGUACAUCCAGGUAUGGAGCCUCAGUCAGAGCUACUCUUUCCACAGUUUCAAGGCCCAUUCUUCAUCAGUGAUAUGUAUCUGCAGCCGGCCAGAAGCCCACACCCUGCUAACAGCUGGUAAGGAGGGUUCCAUUAAGGAGUGGAGCCUUACUUCUGGGAACCUGCUGCGGCAACUAGAACUUGGUGAGGAAUUGUAUCGACUCCAAUUUAUUGAUAACAUUACUUUCUUCUGCCAAACUGCCCAUACUUUCUCCUUGCGCCGUCUGCCCUGUUUCUAUAGCCUCUUCAAUGUUUGUGGCUCUGCUCCAGAGCAGGUUCGUCGGGUCUGCUGUGGUAAUAACUGGUUCCGGAUCCUAUGUACUACGGAGGAUGGCUUGUUACGCUUUGUGUCCCCAGUAACAGGGGAGCUUCUGGUUCUCACCUGGCCCUUCUCAAUCCUGGACCACGCUGUGGAUUGGGCCUAUGACUCAGAUAAAGAGGAACUCUUUGUAGCAACAGGGGGCUCAGAGGUGCUGGUCUUUGACACAACCCGCUGCCCUUGCCCAGCCAAGUAUCUUUUAUGCACCUCACCAAAUUCUCAGGACUCAGUACAAUGUAUGGCUUAUGGGCAUUUCCACCUGCGUCGGGGCCUAGAAGGACUAAUGUUUUCUGGAUACCAGAGUGGUAUGAUAAGAGUCCUUUCCCAGCACAGCUGUGCCCGAAUAGAGAAAUUCAUGCACUUUGGGGCUGUAUUGGCCCUCUCUACACUGCCUGGAGGGCUUUUAGGUGGCCGAGAAAACUCUUUGCUUUGUUCUUAUGGAAUGGAUGACUACAUACGCCUAUCAGAAGCUGUGCUUAAUGGGACCAGAGUACAUCUGCGUCCUCUAGCUAGCAUUCUCAGCAGCUGUCACCUAAAACACCUGAUACUCUUGCCAAAGUCUGUGGGUGCCAUCACAGAAACUAACUGUCUGCGUCUCUGGAAAUUCCAUGAUUUUCUGCCCUCUGAAACACAUGCAAAGUUUAUAGAGACGUUGCCUCUGCAUCAGUAUGCAAUUACUUCCUUUGAUGUAUGCCUGACCUUGAGUCUUUUUGUCACAGGUAGUAUUGAUGGCUCUGUCCGAAUAUGGAACUUUCACGGUGGACUUGUAGCCAUGCUGGACUCAACAUUGCAUUUUGGUCCACUCUGCUUUGCAAAUGACCGGGGUGACCUGCUUGUGACUUUCAACCAGAGUCUUUAUCUGGUAUCCUGUUUAAAACUACUUCCUCCAACCCUGUUGGUUCGCCUUUCCUUUAUGAGUAUCACAGAUGACGUGCUAGAAAUCCCUAAGCCUUUCAUACCAAGCUUCUUCUUCUCCUUUGAGACCAUGUUUGUGCCCAAGUAUAACUACCUUGGACAAGGGCAACAAGUAUUAGUGGGUUUGGAGAAACUUGUCAAUAAGCGGGCCAUUGCCUUUGACCAUACUGUGCCACAUGUCAUAGAAGACGAUGAGCAAGGAAGCUCCAUAUUACUGUCUACCUCAAGACCUUGUUCCUUGAAAAGGGAAGACACUGUUAUAUGCUUGAGCAAACCUUAUCCCCAUUAUGUGGUUCCUCCCCAACUACAGUUGACUGCCUGGGAUGGACUCAACCCUUAUCAGAUACUGAAAUGCUACUUUGGUUAUGGGCGGAAAUGGCCCUUUGCUCCUGAUUGCUAUAUCCCUAACUCAGUGAUUCGUGCCCGUCUUUGGCCAGAGGGCAGCCCAAUAUACCUACAGUGCAACCUGCAUUCACCCAUACGGAAGUUGGAAUGGGACAAGUCUCAACAAUUCUUCUGGCACAGUAAGGCAAAACCAAUACAUGAUGUAAAAGAACCACAGGAAAAGGAAGAUGAAGACUUCAUAAAAAGGAGAAUGUCCAAGGACAUAACUUAUAGUGUCCUUACAGACACAACAAACCGUAGUUGGCUGGGAAAAAAGAUGAAUGAAGUAGCUAUUAAUAGCUUGAUUGAGACAAUCCUCAACAUUAUGAUUUAUGCUCCUCCUCCAGUGAAGUACCAACACUGUGUUAGUGCACUAGGGCAAAUCUUUGCUUCUUACCAAGUGUCUGCACCCCUGCGCUCUGAAACAGCCCAUCGUCUGCUGGAUGAUACAACCAAUUCUAAUCCACUGAUCCGAGAGCUAGCCUGGGAAGGGCUGAAUCGUCUAGGAAUUAUCACUCAUCUCUUUGCCAUGGCUCUGGCCCAAGGGUUAAUGGACAAGGACCAAAGAGUGAGGAAUAAGGCACUGAACCUCAUGGCUGACACUGGAAUCCACUCUAAGACUUCACUCUUAAACUUGAUCCAGAAUCGAGAUACUUUCCAGGGGAUGCAGCAGGAAAUGAUUGGUGAAGAAAGCCUGGACAGUCUGCUGGGGAUGCGUGCCACAGAUCUCCAAAUUCUUCAUACUCAAGUGGAGCAGAGAUUAAAUGAAAACCUGACCUUGUCACAUGGAGAUGAAAAGCCUUUUUUUUCUUUAGAUGUCUCAAGGAUUCCUAAAAAAAUAGCCGUUCUUGAUGAAUCUGAUGUAAUUCCGGAUGAACCCGAAGUUGUCAUCAAGCCCAGCAAAGGCCACAGACGGGGCCGGGCAGGGGGAAGAAAGCAUGCCCAGAAGAAGUUGAGAGAGACUGGCACAGAGCCAAGUCCCUUAGAAGGUGAAAUUGAUCAGAGUAAAGUUGCACCAAUUGAGAUGGAGGAUACAGCCAUCUAUUUGAGUUCUCCAGUUUCUAAAGAUGCUGAACAACAGCCUCCAGAGAAAGAUAUCUCAAAGGAUGUUGCAAUGACCCUGAGGAUGCUGAGGAAAAUACAAGACAAAAGAGAAAAGAAAACAGCUCAGAAACCCAUAAAGAGGCAUAAAAAAAAGACAAAGCAAGCUGAAGUUAUAAUUGAGGAACCUCUGCCUGAUGUAAAGGAAGAACCAGUUGUGAAGAAGGUGCAAGACAUAGGGCGGGGUGCCUUUGGAACUCCUGGCCGCAGGGCUACCCCUGGAGAUGGCUCAUCCUGGCGAGAUGAUCUAUGUCGUCUUAUGACCCUGAGGAUAUCUGGUUCCCAAACAACAAUGUUGGAAUCUCUAAACACUGAGUUAGUAACCAUGGCUCAGAAGGUGCUGGCAGAUAAGCGCCCCAGCUGGGAGCUCUUUCAGAAGAUCUGUCCCCUGCUGAAGAAAGAAAGUGAAGUUCUGCUUGAGGACCUUGACUGGGAUGUAGCUUGGCCAGAGGAGAAACCAAUUUUUAUUCAUGAAGGAGCAAUUAGAGAGGACAGUAAAGAAAUACCAGAGGGACAGGGUCAAGUACAAAAGGAAGCAGGGGAUAUACAGGAAUUACAGGAAAUCCAGGUGAUUCCCAAAAAGGGGAAGAAAAAGAAAGUUAUUUUUUUAGAACCAGGUGACCUAAUCAAGGGGAAACUAAUGCUGAAGCAAGAAGAUAAGAAACCAUCUAAAAAGCCCUCUGUGCAAAAGAGGAAAGUAGUCCAGAAGGAAAUAAAAGUGGAUAAAAAAGAGAAGAAAAUGACCACAAGAGAGAGGGAUGUGAGUCUGGAAGUGGGAGAAAUGGCCAAAGUAGAGGAGAAAGUGGUUGAGCAAGAAGUAAGACCAGUUAUGGAUGAGAAGAAGCUGUCUUUGCAGGAUUGGAAAAAAUCCUGGGAUCAGUGGAAACAGGCUCAUGGUGAGACAAAGGUAUCCUGGAAUGAAUGGAAGAAGACUUUGGAAAGGGAGACUCUUGAGGAAGAGGAGAAACUACAAGAGGACAAAGAGAAGCUACCUCUAGAUGAGGAAAAGCUGGCUGGGGAAAAGAGGAAGCUGGGAUGGGAUGAGGGGGCACAUGUCUGGGAAACUAUGACAGACAGGUCCAGGGAGCAAAAGUUCAAGGAUGAAGAGGAAUUGACCCUGGAAGAAGAAGGAGAAGGAGAAGGAGAAGGAGAAGAAGAGCUGUUGACAGAAGAGCAGAGACAGAUCCGGAAAGAAUAUAAACAGGCCCAGGUUGAGAAGAAACGAACCCAAGCUGAAAGAAAACGAGCCCAAGAACAGAGGAAGCUGGCACAAGAAGAAGAGAGGCUGGCACAACAAGAGGGAAAGCUAGCUCAGGAAGAGAGGAAACUGGCCAGAGAUCAUGGGAAACUGAUUCAGAGAGAUAGGAAAAUGGCCCAUGCAGAGAGGAAGUUUGUCAAGAAAGAGGAAAAAUUGGCCCAAAGAGCAGUGUGGCUAAGCCAGGGAGCAGAGAAAUUGGCCCAGAAUAGGACGAAACUGGCCAAAAAAUUGGAGAAACUGGCUGGCAAAGAAGAGACAAUAGCAAAGAAAGGAGGGAAGCUAGCUGAGGUUAAAACUAUAUUAGUCCCGAAAAUGGAGGAAGUGAUCCAAAAGGAGCAAGAUCUGGCAUGGCAGGAAAAGGAACUAGCCCAGGAAUUGGAGGAGAUGACAUGGGAAGAGGAGGAAAUGGCUUGGAAAGAAGAGCAACUAAAUCAGGAAGAGGAGGAUUUAGCUGAGGAAGAGGAGAGACUGGCUCAGAAGGAGGAUCAACUGGCCUGGAAAGAGGAUCAACUGGCUAUGGAAGAUGAAAAACUGAUCCAGGAAGAAGAGCUGGUGAUCCAGGAAGAGAAUAAACUGGCUGCGGACAAAGAAUUUAUGCCUGAGGAAGAAGAAAGGCUUGCCCAGAAAAGGGAGCAAUUGAUGGAGAAUAAGGAAAAAAUGGCCCAGGAAAGGAAAAUUUUGAUCCAGAACAAAGUGGAACUUGCAAACAAGAAGAAAAUACUAGCCAAGAAGACGACAACUCUGGAUCAGGAGAAGAAGAAGCUGGGUCAGGAGAAGGUAAAAUUGAUUCAUAGGAAAGAGAACUGGCACCAGCUUAAAGAAAACCUUUCCCAGAAAAAAAAUGAAUUAGUGCAAGUAAAGGAGAAACUGGACACGUACAAGAAAAAAAUGUUUCAGGUAGAGGAGACGCUGGCAAAGAAAAAGGAGGAAAUUUUCCAGAAGAAGGAGAAACUGGCUAACGUAGAGAAAAAACUGGCCCAAGUAGAGGAAAACCUGGCUGAGAAACAGCAUAAGCUAGCCCAGGACAAAAUGAAAUUCACUAUCGAGAAGAAGGAAGUACUUCAAAAACUGAACCUGCUCAGUAAAGAAGAUGAUAUUACUAAGAAAGAAAAGAAAUUGGGCAAGACAAUGAAGAAACUGGCGCAGGAGAAGGUGAGACUGGUUGAAGAAAAGGAAACUCUCUCAAAGGGAGAGAUUCAAGAAACCUCAACACAGAGGAAACUGAAUAAGAAUGAACUAGAACUACUUAAAAGGAAAUUGUCACUAGUGGAGAAGAUACUGGCAUAUGAAGAUAGGAUAUUGGCCACAAAACAAAGUAACAUUGCCAAAGAAAAAUUAGAAUUUGCCAGAGGAGAUAGAAUUUAUGCCCAGGAAGAAAGGAAGCUAACCAAAGAAAAAACAAAGUUGACUAAAGGGAACAUUUUCAAGAAACUAUCAAAAAUGAGCAAAACAAUAUUAAAGGUACUUCAAAACCUCAUCAAAAAAGAAAGGAUAGUAACCCAGGAAGAAACACAGAUGACACAGAUAGCAAGGUCAUUCUUGGAUCAGGAAAGAAUAUUGAACAACGAACAAAAAGAACUUGAUGCCAGAAAGUUGAAUAUUUCUGAGGAACAAUCAGAAAUGACCCAAGAUGAGGAGAAACUGGCUAGGAAACAGAGAAAACUGGCCAGAGAAAUAAGAAGAAUGAUAAAGAAAGAGAAAAAAAUAACUGAGGAGGAAAAGAGACUAUCCAGGCAACGGAGACUAAUCAUGAAGGGAGAAGAGGAGGCAGGAACAACAGAGGAAGAAGAAGAAGAAGAAGUGGAAGAGGAGGAGGAGGAAGAAGAGGAGGAGGAAGAAGAAGAGGAGGAGGAAGAAGAAGAGGAGGAGGAGGAAGAAGAGGAGGAGGAAGAAGAAGAGGUGGAGGAAGAGAAGAAGAUGAAGGACAAAAAAGAGGUAGAGGAAGAGGAGGAGGAAAAGGAGAAGACAAAGAAAAAGAAGAAGGCGAAAGAGGAGGAAGAAGAAGAGGAGGAAGUGUUGGAGAAGGAUGAAAGCAUGAUUAAGGAAGAGCUAGAAAGUUUGAGUGAGAAAAAGGAGGAAGAGGCGCAAAGUUCAAUGGAAGAAGAAGUACACAAGGAAAAAGAGAUCUUUAAAAAAGAAAUAUUAUUUAAGUUACAAGAAAAAAGAAGAAAGGAUCUAGAAAGAAAAGAAACAGUCCCUUCUAUUAGAAAAAGAACUCCUGAGGUCAAAGGCAGGGAUAUAAACCUGGAAAUUCCAAAGAUCCCUUCCAAGAAACUAAUCUCAAUAGCUCUGGGGAGGGCAAAGACUAUACCAGUGCCAGAGUCUAAGAAACAAAUAUCCUGGAAAGAUAAGGCCACACUACUUGAGACACCCAGGAUAUUCCCAGAGACAAAGUUUAUGGAAAAGCAACGUGAACUAUUGAAGAAAUAUCAGCCCAUUCCUCUACAAGUUUUGGAUACAGUUUUGGAGUCCCAAGAGCCAGAUUUCAAGACCCCAUAUUUAUCCCACAUAUUUAGGAAGAGCAAAAAAGAACAGAAACUCCAAGGGAAACCACUAGGGGAUAGGUGGCAGUUGCUUUCGAAGCGUCAUCCAGCUCUGAUGGGACAAACUAAGGUACCUGUGCCCCAAAUCCCGGCUGAGGAAGUAUUUGCAGAUGUAAGCCUCUCAGAUAUAGAGUGGAUCCACCAUGUCCUAGAACAGAUAGAGUCAGGAAAACAGCUUUCCAGAGAUAGUUUCCACAGAUUGUGUCAGCUUGUCAAAAACCUUAUCUCAAAGGGAACCUUAGAGUGGAUGCAUCUAGCCAAACUUGAAGCUAUCAUUUACCGUCACAGGCAGGUUCUGGAAUCACAAAGCACAUGUAUCUCAAAACCCAGUACGAAGCUCAUGGGUCCUAAAUACUUGAAAGUGAUCCCUCCUAUAAAAAGAAAGGAAAAGGAAAGCCAUCUAAAACCUUUGGCUUUUUCCUCAUUAGCUAACAAAAGGAUUCCAGACCCAAAGGCUAUAAAUUGGCAACUUCUAGGAGAACCUUACAGGAGUGCACGGGCAGAGCAGAUAUUCAGUGCCCUUAAGGAUAUGGAGAAGCAACACGUUUAUCCUGCUACAAGAGACAUUGUCACAGGUACCCAUGCCUCUGUAGAAAAACAGAUGCUAGCACUGAUGUUUCAAAAGGACUUCUGGGCUUUUAAGGAUAAAGGCAGGUUUCCCAGAUUGCCCAAGAUGGAGAAGAUGACACAGCCCAGCUCUAAAAAACAGGAAGAAGUGCCUCUAUGGGAGACAUUUGUGGCACUCUACCAUGUUUUACGGAUGUUGCAGGAGCGAUACGCAGGAGACAGUGCUGCUUGGACAGAAAAAUUCUACCACCUCAUGGACCUGUACCAAUUUAAGUCCCCUGGAAUCCAGAGAUUGCUACAGGAACUGCUACUGAGAGAGGAACCCCAAUCCCGUAAGAUCAUCUACAAAGAGGCCCUAAAGGCCAUAGAGCUGGUUCCUGGGGAGCGAUUGUUCUACCACCUAUUUUGUGGUCGUUCUCACAUCCCUAGAGGUCCUCUGGAGUUCCAGGAGGUGUAG